AGGACAACUGCUGGGAUCUUAACCAAGCAAGCUAAAAACAACUUCUAAUCUACUGAUCUUAACAGAUUUUUUUUCAAAUUCAGAAAACGAUGGAAUCCAAAAUGACAUGCCAGGUGAGCGACAUGUGGCGCCCCAAGUUGCCCAAGGGACUGGACAUUGAGAUUUCCCAUCAUCCACUGACCAUGAGGCAGGUGGUCAACCUCAUCGUCGCCAUGGAGAGGUUUAAGGGCAGCAGAUCAACUUCGGUGCUGAGCACCGAAUUCACAGAUGAAAACCUGCUCAACUUCAUGCUAGAGAACUUAGUGGAAGAGAAAAUGGUGUGCGUGUGUGAGUCAACUCCACCUGCAGAACAACAGAUCAUCAGGCAAAAUGAGUACACGUACAGCGUGACUGACAGCGAGAAGAGGAGCUUAGUUCUGGUCCGAAACAGCAUGGAGCUCCACGCAGUGACGCUGCAAGGAGGUGCUGACACCACAAAAGUUAACCUCAGCAUGGCGACCUACUUGCACCCUACAUCCAGCGUUACGGGCAUAACUGUGGCUCUGGGCAUUAAGGAAUCCCCAAAUCUUUACCUGUCUUGCCGCAAGGAUGGUGCUGAGCCAACCUUGCAUCUUGAGGUUGUGGAGGCAGACCGUCUGUCGAGGAUCAGCUCGAACAGCGACAUGGUGCGAUUUCUCUUCUACAGACAGACCACCGGGGUGAACAUCAGCACCCUCAUGUCUGUUGCCUUCCCCAACUGGUACAUCAGCACAGCAGCGCAAAACAACAAGCCAGUGGAAAUGUGCCUGGAGUCCGCCAAUCGCCACCGAAUGUUCAACAUCCGUGAGAUUUAACACCUGCCAAACAAACCCAACGUGGAAGGUGCAUCCGGAGGUCAAGUUAGACCUUCAUCAGAAGAAAAUUUGGAUAUUGUACCAAAUGUAAAAUAUACUGCACUUCUGCUAAUUUAAAUCAAAAACACAACAAAUCAUUUUUUGUUUUUACAAAAGCACAACUUGUCCACUACUAAGACUUCUGCAGGUAUUACAGAGCAUCCAUGUACUGUAUGUACCAUGUACAGAAAGUGAAAUGCUUAGUGUAUUGACAUAAGUCAAGGUUCACCAGCAGGUGGCAUUAUUGAUGGCUAAAUAACAUGAGAAACUGUUAAUGCUUUUAUCUAUUAAUGUAUUUAUAUAUUUAUACA